AUGCUCCAACUUUUACCGAAACAUGAGGAGAAACAAGAUCAUGAAAAAAGAGAUGAUAAGGGAAAAUUAAUUUAUAAAUAUCAUAAGGUUGGAAAUAUUACUGAAUUAAAUAUAACAAAAUUUGACAGACAAGAAAUUGCUCAAGACAUUCAAGCCAUGAAUUACGUUGUUUCAACUUGA